AAGACAACAAAUUCAAAGUUGCGCGGUCAGGCCACGGAAAUCCGUGAAUCGGGCUUUCUGGUUUCGCGAUGCAUGCCGGGACUUCUUUUAAGUCCAUUUCUCUCUCGUCUCUCUCUCUAAAAAAAUAAGUUAAAUCUACUUUUUUCACCCGGACAUACCAUAGUUCCCGGAUGCAAAGUGAGUCACCCACACUACUGAUCUGCAUACAGAUCAGUGGUCACCCAUCACGUUCAUCAUUGACCAUGAGCCAGUACUAGUGUGGGCUCCCAUUAGCAGGAAUAACCGAUGGCAGUCAUGCAUUGGCCAUCUCCAGAUCAAUCCAGCAAAUGUUGUUUAAAAUAACAUUGGUUAUCAAAAAGCGCAGUUAUUUGAGGAAGUAUCUACAUCUAAAAUUUCAUCUGCUCGUAUUCCGGAUUUUCGCGGCAUUUUUCUUCACUUGCACUUUCAGGAUAACAAUAAACAGGCAGGGAUCAUAAUAGUGCCGUGUGAUUUAUUUCUACAUAUAGUGGAUUAUUGAUAUCAGGUAUCGUUCUUCGUGGUAGUAUUGCAUUUUGGAUUCGUGAUCUAUGAGCAGAUGAGGAAACUGGUCGAUCAUUGUGGAUUGUUCCAACAAACUCUUGAUGUCGAAUUAUGUCAUUGAUACUAAUGCCGAGUCUUUGAAUUGGUUGUAAUGUGCAAGACGGGUUCUGUGCCCACAGGCACUCCACGAUUUAAUUAGCAAAAUACUUAUGAUUAGCCCGACAUCAACCAGGACAUAAUGACACAGACCUACUGCCCACAAGCCUUCUUUGAUUUCAGGAACUCUGAAAACACCACCGGUAUACGUAUACCAAUCUGACUGACUGAAUUUGAAAUAAGGGCAAUUACGAAUCCCGACAAGUUUCGUCGUCAUUAUAGAUUUGUCUAAUAAAAAAACAAGGAUAGGCUGAAAAUUUGCGUCACCAUUUCAAUAAUCAGGGCUGCGAUCCAGAUAUGGAGCAUAAUGACGACUUUUUGCCAGUAUCGCUCUUUCUCAGCGUGUUGCUGGUAGUUGGUGUAACGGCGAAUUCCCUAGCUCUGAUGGUCAUCCGUAGGUUUUUUGGAAAUUCAAGGAGGUUGUCCGUCCCGUCUGUGCUCGUGCAGGCACUCGUGAUCGUUGACCUAUUCAGCACGAUCUUACUAGUUGCUGAAAAUGUAAUCAGUAGAUGGAUAUUUCCUGGCACGGCGCUUAGGUGUAACGUUGCUUAUAUCAGUCGUUUGAGUGUCGCCUACGCCUCGGGGUUCAUCAACGCAUCCAUGUGCUUGGAAAGAUGUCUCGCCUUUCGCGCUCCAUUUUACUACCACGACAAUGCAACUGUCUUCAAAGCGAAGAUAACAGUGGUCAUUGUGAUUGGUCUUUCAGUAUUUCUCAGCAUCCUUCCGUUACUCGGCGUCGGGAACUACGCUGCGGAAACGAUGGUGACACCGGAAAACGCAACGGUCGUUGUCUGCACUCCCCCAGGUGAACUGGGCUCUCAGAGCGACCUCGGGAACAGGGUAUUCACAGCGAUUUAUGCCAUUGUUGGUGCUUGCAUGCUGUUGAUUAUCUAUGUCUGCAACACGUUAGUCAUGUUGACCCUUUACCACCUUGGAAGGAAAGCGACUGGUCUGAAACGACUGGGACGCAGUGAGACCGCAGCUGCAUCAUCACCGUCGACAAGUCGCUCCUUCACGUUGGCAGCCCCCAAGGACAAUAUGCGUCGGCAAAGCAUCGAUGAUGAUACUGUUGUUAGUACCAAAGACGAUGAUAACUUGGUUAAAAUGCACCCAGAAAAGUCAAGAGAAGGAAUCGGAAGGGAGAUUCGCCUAGCGUAUGUGGUGGGGAUGAUAUCAGUUGUCUUCACAAUUUCUUGGCUACCAUUUUAUGUCCAGCGUCUUCUCAAAGCUUUCGACGUCGAGCAGCCAGACUGGUAUCUCCUUCUGGUCGUCUUCCUGCUCGUCAGCAACCACGUCAUCGACCCGUUCGUCUUCGUGUUCAUGAAGCAGCAGAGUCGAGAUGCCCUCAAGGACCUAUGCAUGAAGUGUAUUUGCUGUCGAAGAUGCCGACCGCCCCCGAUGUCGUCUAGGAACACAGUGAAUGCACACGCUAAUGGGAAUCAAAAUCGUGGUGCAUCGAGGAAUGACAGUGGGAUCAAUAAUUCGAGAAAUGAUAGCGGGAUCGUCGUCGUCGUCGACUCCACACCCAACCCCACCGAAGCCCCCACUGCAAACCCCGCCCCUGACGACAUCCACCUUGACCUCGCCAAUAACCGCGCUACACAUUCAGCAUCAUGACGUCGCUUCCUCUGCCUCAAAGCAACCGAUUAAAACUAUAGUUCACAGUACUUGAGAGUCAGAAAAUCAUGCAGAUACAGAAAAUAUGCUGAUUUCGAAAUGAAAACUAUGGACAUCGCAAUCGAAAAACUUCGUCGUCGAGAAGAACAAUAUAAACAAUGGUGGUGAAAAAUGAAAUGUGUCAGUUUCAUCGAAUCUGAUUAUUAAGAGACAGGACGAUGCCUGCCAUUGAAUGAUAUAUUCAAGAGGUUUAUAUAUAUGGGACCCGAAAGCUGCAAAGUUAGCGCUAACCGCCUGGCGCCAACUCUUAAGUGUAUACUUUCAAUGAUCUGAAAACGCAGUGUCACUGCAGGAUCGCUUAAAGACAUCCUGAAACUAGGAAGAUGGAAAUUCCAUCCCUAUUGUUCCAUGCUCAAAAUAAAAGGUCUCUGAUAUUAUUCAAACUGGUUGGAGUACUGCAUCGUGAAUGAUCGUGUAACACGAUUCAUCUCGCUAAAAUUGCAAUAUUUAUUCUGUACUUCUUUGUUUAAAUGUUUUUCGAACAAAUUUGCUCAUACAAAUGGCGGUUUGAUUUAGGAAAUGACAUUACAAAUAAUCUGGUGAACAGUAGAGAAGGAUUCAGGAGUGACCACAUUGUUAUUUUGUCCUGUGACCACUGAUAAUAAUGCUGGAUCUAUCAAUUAAUGUCACGACUUGUGAAUAGGGAAAUCACUAUGCGCAAUAUCAAACUGUUUAGUGAUCGUUGACGAACCCGAGUUAUGGAUUUUCAAGCUUUGAAUUUGGAAUUUGUGACGUCACUUGCCAGCAGCUUCUCCCAUUGAAAAUUUGGAUGAAAAAACAAUAUCUGUACUCGGUUCUGACCCCUGCUGCCUAUUGGGCAAUAAUAAUGUCGGAUACGGCCCCGGUUAUGAUUGUCUUGUAGAUUAAUAUCCAUAAAGCGACAUGAAUCUCAGAAAAUUGAAAAUAGUUUUUCCUGUGCAUUCAACACAGCGAUGCUUAGUAAUACUCAUUCAUGACUUUGUGUUGAAUUUGUAUGUAUAUACUACGUGAAGUGCGCUGCUCCCAUGACUUGUGACGUCAAAAAUAAAACACGAAAGCAUCGGAUGAGUUUUUGUCAAACUUUCAAAUGCGUCACCCCAAUUUUAUUAUUUUGAUCAAAACUAUAUAAGUUUCACUUUUGGUUGAACUUCCCCUUUGCAAAAAAAACACGGUCUUUCAGUUUUAUUUUUCAAAUGAAAUGUGGAUAAAAGGUCGCUCCAAACUUUAGGUUAUUGUCUAUAGGGUCUAUUUAAACAGAAACUUUUAAUCUAUAAGUUUGUGGUGUGCGUCUGCAUGCAUGUGUGCGUAUAUUUUUUUCUGAAUGAAUAAAAUAGACAUACACCAGAAUUGUGUGUUCGACAAAGCAGACGGGGGGUGGUUUCAACAUAAAUUAUGAGGACUCGUUUUUAUAAGUGUUGUUUGUUGGUUUGGGUCUAUUUUUUUAAAAUAUUUCCUAUAGGCCCGUUGCACAAAACUUAUCUAUUUCUACUUUUUGUCAUCGUAUGCCGAGAGAUAAGAACUUCACCCUGAGCCUGAAAAUUUUCAUUUUUUUUUAAAACAAUGUUGGCAUGACAAAGGCGGCUACAGGGUGAGGAUCGCCAUAUCGCCCCCUUUGAAUUUCAAGUUGUGAAAAAUAAGAAGAGAGAAAAAGAAAAUACAGACAAGUAUUUAAAAGAGUACUUGGUUGUGUCACUCUUUAUCAUCACUCUUAUUUUAAAUUGAGAGAAAACGAAGUAAAACCAUGCCGGGCGCAUUCAACAUUGGCACGAGUGGUGGUUGUGUUUCCAUAUUAAGUGUUAUGUAACUACGGGGCGCUGAUUUCUGAAAAUAAUUUGAUUUGAAUCACCUUCCUAUGGUACGCCAAUUGUGCAAUAACAUUUUGAUAAGGCUUGUAAAUUUAUGUAUUUUUAUUAUAAAAUUAAAUAUCCAAUUUGUUCAUUUUUUAUUGUAUGCACAAGAGAAAUGAGGUUUUAAAUUCGGUUUUUAAUCGGUAAUAGGCUACGCUCAUCGGGACAGUGUCCUUAUCGAAAAGCAAGCACAAUGCCAUGGUACUAUAGCUGAACAGGAACUGUUGAUAUGUUACUAAAUUGCUUUUUCGUGGUAAUAUUAAUGCGUUUAUUAUGGCUAUUGUAAAUAUUGCCUCUCUUUUUGUAAACCUUGCAAUUUCUCAUUUGAAGCUGGCUGAAUUCACACGGUGUUAUUAUGACAACUGUAUAAAAUAUGCAUUUAAAUACAAAA